AUAUUCUCCAUCCAUUAUCCCAGAUUGAAUGCACUUUGCUGCUCGCCCAAUGCGGUUAUAAAUGUCAUUCCUUUCAAAAUCACGUCGCUUUUUCAACAUCAAAUCUACUCCAUUGCGUUCAUCAGAGAGAAUCUCCUUAUUGUGUCGUGGCAAAUCUAUCAGUCGAGACGAGCUUUUCCAGUACACGAAUGGUCGAUUUUUGACUCGCGAGAAGCAGCAACGCGACUGCCGAUACGUCAAGUUUGACGUAGAGGCUCUUUGUGAACUUGCAGCUUCGACCGGCCCUACUAUCUCCCCUGUCCGAGAAGUUGAAAAGUUAGAAGGCGGAUUCAGUAAAGCACUACGCAUCGAGAAAGAGGAUGGGACUGAGGUUAUCGCAAAGAUUCCGUGCCCUAAUGCAGGGCCGGCGACAUACACAACUGCUUCGGAAGUCGCCGUUCUGCAGUAUGGUACCGAUGCUCUACGGAAUUCUGAGCACGCAUAAUGUUUUGACCGAAUGCAGUGAGAGACCAUACCAACAUCCCAGUACCAUGUGUUUAUGCAUGGAGCUCAGAUCCUUCGAACCCUGUAGGGGCGGAGUACAUCAUCAUGGAAAAGGCCACCGGUGUUCAGCUCUUCAAAGUCUGGGAUGAACUUAAAGAGACUUCCAAGCUUACCAUCAUCAAAAAAUUGACCGAAUGGGAAAGCGAAUUGAUGAAGAUAAAUCUCCCGGCUCAUGGUUGUCUGUACCAUCGCCAGUCUAUUUCCAAGGACGAUAGGAAGACGAGUCUUCCACCAAGUAUUGAUCGAUCCAGGUUAUACUGUAUUGGACAGUCCUGCGAUCCCUCCUGGUCAUUUCUGAGCGAGAGUUUGGUUUCUGGACCUUGGGCUUCUCUUUCCGAAUUCGGGAUUGCAUUAGCAAAACGCGAGAUCCGCCGCAUCUCCCGAGAACCAAAAUGUGGCCAUGCUGCUAGCCGCAAUGGCUCAGCCGAUGAUCAGAUCGCGUUGCUGGAGAUGACGGUCAGGCUCAUUCAAAUUUUAGGUUGCCACGCUGAUCUCAUGCCACAUGCGAAGCCUACUCUUUCUCACACCGAUCUGCAUAUGGGUAAUAUUUUUGUAUCAGAGAACGACCCUUCAGAAAUCUCGGCAAUCAUUGACUGGCAGUUUACACAAAUCGCUCCUAUGUUCUUGCAGGCACGUUGGCCAGUCUUCUUGAAACCCCCCAAAAAUUAUCCUGCCGGGCUCGUUCAACCAAAAUUACCAGAUAACUAUGAUGCCCUAGAUAAGGAGGGAAAGGAAUUGGCAGACUAUGAGUUCAAGCAGGUCACGGCAGCGAAAGCAUACGAAUUGAGGUGCUUUCUUGACAAUCAAGACGCGUACCAUGCGAUGAAUAUACCACGCGUAUAUCGGGAACUCUUCAUUCGCUGUGGAGAAACAUGGGAAGAAGGGGCCGCUCCAUUACGUGCAUGCCUGAUCGAAAUAUUCCAUUCUUGGCACGAACUGGGUCUCCCAGGUGAAUGUCCUUUCACAUUUCAGGAAGGUGACAUCCACAAACAUGAAGAAGAGUUUGAGGAGUACGAGAAAUGGCAUCAUGCGCGAGAAUUUGCCAAGGAGUAUCUGGACACUGAUGCAGACGGCUGGAUCUCACCCGAGUUAGAUUUGGCCAAGAAGCAGGAACAAAACAAGGCCCUGUUCAACUUGUUCACAGAGAGAAUGGCUGGUAAGAGGUCUCGAGAAGAGAUACGUAGGAUAUGGCCUUUCCCCGAGGGACUCUAGAACUAAUCGUUUC